CAGCGGAGGAUGUGGAGUACAGCGCCUGGAAAAUAGACGGACACGGCCCACAGAGACCGCGAAUGGCAAAUUUGGCCGCGCGUUGUUGAUGAACUGGGUCCGCAAAAGCCGCAGACGGCUCGCCGGCGAUUAAUAAAUGCACGUUAUUAACUUAGGCGUUGUUAUGCAAUUUAACGCUUUCGGCGCUCGCGCCUGGUCAGCUAGACGCUGGUAGCUGCGCUCAGCUGCUAUGCCGUAGUUUCAGCAAGGGGAAAAAAAAAAAAAAUGACGAGAUUGACUAAAGUUAAGUGUGGAUAUCUCUUUCUGCUGGAGGCCCGUUUUCAAGGAUUUGGCGUUUCUUUGGUGUACUGGAGGCGGUGGUGGGCAGCUGGUCCACGGUAGAAUUUUCCAAAAGAGUAUUCAGACAAAAUCAGCACGGAUGGGACCUUUAAGACUUCAGAAAGGGCCUGGCUGGGAAAGGGAGUGAGUAUGGACAACCUUUCUGACUUCGGUGGCCCCUGUGCGUCCACCCGCAGGGAAUGGGACACCAACAGCUGUGUGGAAGAUUUAAUGGAUGAAGAUGAGAAAGACAGGGCAAAAAGGGCAUCCCGUAACAAAUCGGAAAAGAAAAGAAGAGACCAAUUCAAUGUGCUCAUCAAGGAGCUAUGCACCAUGCUGCAGGGCCAAGGCCAUCCGCGCAAGAUGGACAAGUCCACCAUAUUGCAGAGAACUAUUGACUUCUUGCAGAAACAGAAAGACAUCACUGCACAGAAUGAAACCUGUGAUGUGAGACAGGACUGGAAGCCUUCCUUCCUCAGUAAUGAGGAGUUCACACAGCUAAUGCUGGAGGCCCUAGAUGGUUUCUUGGUAGCAUUAACUACAGAUGGAAACAUCAUAUACGUAUCUGACAGUGUGUCUUCACUCACUGGCCAUUUACCGUCAGAUAUGGUGGACCAAAAUAUCUUGAAUUUCCUCCCGGAGCGGGAACACGGGGAGGUGUAUAAGCUGCUAUCAUCCCACAUGCUGAUGAAUGACCCCAUUGCUGCUGACUUCCUUGACAGUGAGGCACAUAUUGAAUUCUGCUGUCAUCUAGCCAGAGGUAACAUCGACCCAAAAGAGCCGCCUGUGUACGAGUACGUCAAGUUUGUUGGAGAUUUCAAGUUUCAUAACAAUGUGCCUACAUCUUCUUGUAACGGGCUUGAAUUGACGUUACCAAGAAGCCUGCAGUCGACGCUGGAGGAGCAGGUCUGCCUCAUUGCUACUGUACGAUUAGUCACUCCUCAGUUUCUCAAGGAUUUGUGUAAUGUGGAGGAUCCUUGUGAUGAAUUCACAUCCAGACACAGCCUUGAAUGGAAGUUCCUGUUUUUAGAUCACAGAGCUUCACCAAUCAUAGGCUAUUUACCCUUUGAGGUUCUUGGAACUUCUGGCUAUGAUUACUACCAUGUAGAUGACUUGGAACUUAUAGCUCAGUGUCACAAGCAGUUAAUGCAGUUCGGAAAGGGUAAAUCCUGUUACUAUCGCUUCCUGACCAAAGGUCAGCAGUGGAUUUGGUUGCAGACUCACUACUACAUCACGUACCACCAGUGGAACUCCAAACCUGAGUUCAUCGUCUGCACUCACACUGUUGUCAGUUAUGCUGAAGUGCGAGCUGAAAGGAGGAGAGCGUUCGGCCUUGAAGAGCUGUCUCCACCUGAGAUAGCUCCCUCCUCUGUGAAGGCUCAAGAGCUGUACUUGGACAUCUGCUCCACACUGGACCCUACGCGGGACAGCGGUGCACGUUCGGUAUCCUCCCACAGCUCGCGGAAGUCCUCCCACACAGCGCUGUCAGACUCUGCAUCAGCUAACUCCUACACAGAGGCCUGCACACCAUCAUGGCAGUCUGCUUCCAUUGGGACGGAGAAGACAUCCGCCAGACUCCAGCCUAGUAGUUCAAAGAAUUUGGCACAAAGACAAAAUUCCUUUGACCUCCUUCCCCAAAUGAGCCUCCCCCUUUCUCCUACAUGCAGCAAGCACUCCGUAAUGCAACAGCAAACGCAGCAGCAGCAGCAGCAGCAGCAGCAGCCGUCGUCCAUGUAUCAGCUGCAGCAGCCUCAGCUCGGCGUAAUGAACCAGCUGAAGGAGCAGCUGGAGGAGAGGACACGCAUUCUGCAGGCUGACAUUAAAACGCAGCAGCAGGAGCUGCAUGACAUUAAGGAGAAGCUUCACCUGGCUAACCUCCAGAUGUUGUUACAGCAGCCUAUCCACAGUGACUUUGGCCAGGCCCAGCAGCAGCCUCAGCAGCAGGGCCCGGGCAGGCCGGCACAGCAGAGCCAGUCAGGGGUGAUCAGGCAGCUCUCAAGCCACCCUAAACCACCAGCCUGUGGGGCCCACAGUUCGUCCCCUCACUCGCUCCUGAGAGAGAACAGCUCACCCUCUGCACAGGUGCAGCAGAGGCUUGCACGGGGCGGGCAGGCGCCGUCAGUGAGUUUGCCCGUGCAGACGAACACGAGUCUGACGAUGCCCUUCUACAGCAACCCCAUGAUGUUCUCUCAGACCAACACGAGGCCUCUGCAGGAUGCAAACCAAAGACACACAGACAACGAGUUCAGCCAAGAUGGACAGCUACGCAUGCUUCUCAACCAGCCAAUGCAGACGCUGGUUCCAACUAGCAGUGUCACCACACAGCCUUCCCAGUGCAACAUGGGCAUCUCCCAAACCAUAUACACCUUGGAGCAGCAGAUCAUCGCACCCUCAUUCUCCAUGCAACAGGUCAACUGCAACGCCGUCCUUGUGCCCUCUCCGGUCUUCACGUCCCCCAUUAUGUUCCCGCACAACAGUUUCAUCACACACCAGUCCCAGUCAGCCUACCAAACCCAGCCUCAGGCCUCUCAGCACUCCCUGCAGCUACAGCAGCCUCAGCAGUUCUUUCAGAUGACUCAAGGACUUGUACAGGGUGGGUCUACUCCAGCAUUCUUACACACCACUAAUGUCCCACAGCAAAGCACUGUGGGAUACAUGCAGCAGCAGCCGCAAACGCAAGCACAACAGCAACAGCAACAAAGGCAAUACCAACAUUCCCAAAACCAGACUGGCAGCGUUUCAGACUUCCGAAAUAUGCUGACUCGGUAGCGCUGUGGACGUCGUCGGAGCGCUGAGAUCUCCCUGUGUUGUGGCCAUGUAGGCGGCAGCACGCUGUGGCAUUUGGAAGUCAAACUUGACGUCACGUUCUGCAGCAGAAAUGCUGGGAAGUGGAAGAUCGCUCGUAGUGACCUUACCUUUGAU